AUGGUGUUUCAUACUCUAGCAGGCAAGGUCGUGACUGGCUUGCCUCGACAAGCUGUCAUUGUGGGAGCAAAAGGUCUCGUGAGAAGAGGCAGAACCUCCAAACCCUCAAGUACGACGGACAUGAUCCGCCAGGUGCUCACGGAUGCUCUUGAGGAGUCGAAUCUUUCUACCCGGGAUCUUGAAGGAUUGAUUGCCGUUCCUUCCCUGCAAGAAAACCACUUUAUGGAAGCCCACUAUCAGGCAACUUCACUUGAUCUGUUUUCAACCAGCAUUGAAGAAGAUCGACCUCUUCGGUGCAAGACAAUCGACACUGGGGGUGCAGGUCCCGUGUCGGCGGUGUUGGAAGCUCAACGAAUGAUUCAACAUGAAGGGUUAGAAUGCGUUGCAGUUGUAGCAGCUGACUGUGUUGGGAGCAUGGAUAGUACUUCCUUCCUCGCCAAGGCUGAUGAGAUUUUUCUAAAACAUGGAAAGUUGCCAUCUCCUGCAAUCCCGAAUGGGUAUGAUCGUGUGACAAAGUAUCAGAUGGAAACCUUUGGCUUGACUAGGGAUCAACUACGGAUGGUGGUGUGCCUUCAAUCAUUUCAUGCUGGAAAACACAAAGACAGCUUAUUUUAUCACAAGGAAAAGGGCAAAGCGUACUCAUCUUUGCUGGAAGUAAAAGAAUCACCUAGCGUGACGCCAAACAUUUCCCUAAUGGAAUGUGCAAGAAGGGCGGAUGGAGCUGCUUGCUUGAUACUAUCCAGCAACAGAUAUUUGAAACGACGAGGUUUGUACGAGAAGGGCAUGGUAACAGUGAUUGGAACUGGAGAAUCUUCAGGUCCUCUGUUUCCUCCAGAAGUGAUGAAUGAGACACCCUUUUCUUGUGAAGAAGCAAUGGUAUAUGCCUACGAAGCAGCCGGCAACUUGACGGCCGAUGAUAUCGACUUUUUUGGCCUCUAUGACUGCUUUCCAAUCUGCCUUGUUCGAGCAUUGGAGGCGAGUGGGUUGUGUUCCAAAGGGACCGCCGGUGACUACAUUGAGAGCCAAUAUACCAGAAUGAUGAAAGCGAUGGGUGAUGGUAAGGAAGACCAGCUAUUGGAAGAUCCUGAUUUCUUUCCUGUGAACACGCAUGGUGGUUUGUUGUGUUACGGCGCACCUUGGGAGGUACCCGCUAUGUAUCACAUCAUUGAGGCGAUUCAUCAGUUGCGAGGGAAUGCACAUGGCAGGCAGAUUGAGAACUGCAGACGAGCAUUGGUGUACGCAAACGGUGGGAUAUUUUCAGCUUCUGCAGUUGCGAUUUUUGCGAAGUCUUUGUGA